UUCACUAAACAACAACAUUCAUUUUGAAGAAAAUAUAUAUAUAUAGUGCUACGAAUUGUUCAUUACUUAUAAGUAAUUAAAUCCAUUAAUGGCAUACCAUUGCCGAGGUUGUUCUUCUGUUCUACCAUCACUCUUACAUCCAGUUUGAUAAGGGAUCAACAAAGGAUUGGUUUGGAGGCAGAGAAAUAAAUUAUUUUUUUGCACACCACCUGUUCGCCCAAUUGACUGAUAGAAUUAAAUAUAAGAAACAGGAAUCUCCUUGUUGUUUCUUGUGCCGGUUGAACUAAGUACUAGAAAAGAGAAAAGUGGUUGAAGGCUAACAGGUAUAGGAUUCUAGAGAGGAUAAGGCUACUGCAAAAUAUCAAAGAGGACUUAUGGAGGAAAUUACUUCGACGAUUGCGGUGCCAUACAGACUUGGGAAUUUGAUUCAGAAGGAGUCAACGGUGGCAACCCGCAUGGAGAUAACUGGUCUGAAGCUCAUGGCAAACACAACAGCUUUGAUAUUAAAUCCUACAAUUGAAAGUCAUCAUCAAUCUUACUCUGUUGGAAACGAAGACUACUGCGCAGAUAUAUGUCCAAAACACCAAACUAGGUCAUCUGCAGAGGUAAAGGAGAAUCAGGGUCGAACCAACUCAGCUCCCCUUGAAUCAAAAAUGGUUACUGAAUUUAAGGUGAAAGAUGAAUUCAUGUCAGCUAACAGUUUUCAUUCUGUACAUAAUCAAAGAUCUGAAUCUGUUGCCAGUGACAAAAGUUGUCCUGGGAAUGAAGCUGCUACUUUGACUGAUAAUUGUUCUGAUUCUGAUAAUGAUUUGCCGAUUGCCACCAAGUUUAAUAGUAAUAUCCAAGGAAAGUCCAGUUCGAUCGAGGCGAGUCCAGAGCUGGAGCCAGUGCAGAACAUGGUUUCUGCUGCUAUGGAACUUGAAACUGAAGAUGGAAGCGGAUCAGAUGGAUUUGAUCCAAAACUAUCUGCCAGUCUUCAUGAUGUGUCAGACAAGCAAACAAGCAUAGCAGACUUCCAGAAUGCAUCGGAAUCUGAUGGAGGUCCUCGUUGGGGUUUCUCGUCAGUUUGUGGAAGGAGACAAGAGAUGGAAGAUGCUGUUGCUUGUCAGCCUCAACUUCUUCAAGUUCCUUCACAGAUGCUAGCAGAUGACCACGUUAAUGAAAAUGGAAACUCAUCAGCCCACUUUUUCAGUGUCUAUGAUGGACAUGGGGGUUGUCAGGUCGCGAAUUACUGCCGGGAACAUCUUCAUUCAGUGUUGACUGAGGAGAUAGAAGCUGCAAAAUCUAAUUUAAACAAUGCGAGGGAGAAGUGGCAAGACCAUUGGAAGAAAGCAUUCUCUAAUUGUUUUCAUAAAGUAGAUGAUGCAGUUGGACGAAUCGGGGCACCGGAUAGUGAAAGCCAUUGUGAUGGAUCUGAGGGUAGUAUUGAACCCCUUACUCCUGAGACUGCAGGCUCUACUGCAGUGGUUGCUAUUCUAACUGAAACCCACAUUAUAGUCGCAAAUUGUGGUGAUUCAAGAGCAGUUCUAUGUCGUGGAAAAGAAGCCAUGCCUUUGUCUACUGACCACAAACCUAAUAGAGAAGAUGAAUGGGAAAGAAUAGAAGCUGCUGGAGGAAGGGUCAUACAGUGGAAUGGUUACCGAGUUCUUGGUGUUUUGGCAGUGUCAAGAUCCAUAGGUGAUAGGUACUUGAAACCAUGGAUAAUUCCAGAACCAGAAGUCAUGUUUAUUCGAAGACAGAAAACCGACGAGUGCCUUAUUCUCGCCAGUGACGGUCUAUGGGACAUCAUCACAAAUGAAGAAGCCUGCAGCAUUGCCCGAAGACGAAUCCUCCUUUGGCAUAAGAAGAAUGGCAGCAACAACAACAUCAGUGUAUCAACAGAACAUGGCCAUGGCAUUGAUCCUGCAGCUCAUUAUGCUGCAGAAUGUCUCUCUAAACUCGCCAUCCAAAGGGGAAGCAAAGAUAAUGUCUCAGUCAUUGUUAUAGACCUAAAGGCCCAAAGAAAAUUGAAGAAGAAAGCAUAGAGAAUAAAGAUAGAUAUUAACCCUUCAUUUGGAAUAUUCACUCAUAUGCUAUUGUUUCACUGGUAAUUUUUUAUAUUCUUGGUUUGGGGAUAAAACUUGAUGGAAUUUUUCAUGGAUAAGCUUCAUAUGUAAUUUUACUAAUGGAGAUAAUUCAUAAAAAAUUUCACCCUUUUUAAACCCUAACCAAACAUGCAUUAGUUGCAUACUUGCAUAUGUCUAGCCCCUACAUUUUUCACCAGGGUUAAGUUAUGUGAAUUGAAAUUUGCUGUGUAUAAGAAUUAUUACUGUAAGCAGUUGCUCACAUCAGGAACUUCUAUUAAUUUUUUCAA